UUGUCACAUACUAAUGUUCCCCCGGAGCUGUUGCUAAACAGAGAUCAAACAGGCAUGCAGCAAACAGAAAAAACAAGCAACCCGGGCCUUUGUGAAAAACAAAUGCCUGAAGCUGCUGCCGGUGAAGCCAGCGAGUCUGUUAACUUAGUGUUCCCAGAAUUAAACAUUGAGAAUUCAGAAUUGCAUAACGGUUCGAAGCUCCUAAAGGCAGAGUUUGAACCCAGCUUGCGGAAGAAGUUUGCCUUUGCAAGAAAAAAGGCUUUUGCCACCUUCGUCAGCUCAAAGGAAGUCAUUCCAAUGAACAAGAAGAGCACACAUUGGGAGUGCUGUGGCCAGAUGUUUCAGGAGCCUGUUGAUAUACACAAGCAUGUCGCCAGGGCUCACGAGAAGGAAAUCCUGCCUCAUACUGAAGCCAUUCUUAGGUUUCUGGAGAGCAGAGACAAGGAGAAAAAACAGCAGGCUUCAACAGGCAGACCUGGAGGGCAGAACGGAGCUGGAGGGACAACAGGCCAAGAGACUGACAGUUCACACUUGCUGCCAGACACCAGCCACAUCAACUUCGAUCAGUUAGACAAAGAACCCGGUGAAGUGCUGCUGUAUUACUGCUACUGUGAGAUAGAGGACACUCACUCAGUCUGUGCCUGGCAGAGGGCUCUGUGUCAGCUGCUGCAGCUCACUGGCAAGGUGCGAAUCGCCAAUGAAGGGAUAAAUGGAACAGUAGGGGGCAGCAAAACAGCGACUGGGCUCUAUAUUGAGGCAAUGCUUUCUCAUCCGUCGUUUAAAGCCAUGUGCAAAGAGGACUUUAAGCGCAGCGAUGGAGGGUCCUACUGCUUUCCAGAGCUGCGGGUUGGAGUCUAUAAAGAGAUAGUUCCUAUGGGAAUGGACCCAGACAAGCUCUCCUACAAGCUGGCAGCAAUCCACUUGGAGCCAGCUGAUUUUCACAAAGAAGUUGAAAAGUUUUUAUCUGAGGACAGUCUGGCCCUCAAAGACACUAUCCUGCUGGACUGCAGGAAUUUCUAUGAGAGCAAAAUAGGUCAGUUUAAAAACUGCCUGGCUCCAGACAUUCGCAAGUUCAGCUACUUUCCAGAUUAUGUGGACACAAAUCUAGAGCUUUUUAAGGAGAAGAAGGUCUUGAUGUACUGCACUGGAGGUAUUCGCUGCGAGAGAGGUUCGGCAUACCUUGUAUCAAAGAAAAUCUGUAAGGAAGUGUAUCAGCUGAAAGGAGGAAUUCACAAAUACCUGGAGCAGUUCCCAGACGGGUUCUAUCGGGGAAAACUGUUUGUCUUUGACGAACGAUACACCAUUGCUUCUAACAACGAUGUCAUCUCAGAAUGCAGGUACUGUUGCACACCGUGGGACCAAUACAGACUGUGUACAACUCAGAACUGUUGCCAGCUGGUCCUGUCUUGUUCACAGUGUCGAGAGAAGGGGCACACUGCCUGCUGUACCUUCUGCCAGGAGAAAGGACAAAGGUUGACUGAUAACAGUGUGCCAGCCUGUGUUGUGGAAAAGGAGGAGUGCGAGUGCACCGACACGAGGCUGCGCGUGCCCAUCGACACCCUCUGAUACACCUGCCCUGGACAUUGUUCAUUGUGGAGCCCUCUGGAGAUUAUUGUGAAACCCAAGACUAGCUCUACACCCCGCUUUCUGGUGGUGCUUGGGAUCAUAGGUCAUGGUGCCGCAUUUUCAUCCCCAGUUUGUCUAAUACGUGUUCAACGCAGGCUUGUUUGGACUUUUUUAAACUAGACCAAUCCUUGAUACAGUGUGAUUAAAUGCUGAUGCCAUCAUGAAACAAAAUUAUUAAAUCAAUCAAUCAAUCUUUAUUUUAUAUAGCCCCUUUCAUAGUGGAUUCCAUAACAAAGCGCUUUACAAGAUGCAGUAACAACAAGAAAAUCCAUAAUAGUUCAAACAGAGAGAAAUGCAUAAUACGUAACUGCUGUUCUUUAGCAAAGGGUUUGUUAUCAGUCAAUAUUGAACCUUUUUUUAAUUAAUGAUCACAACUGUGACAUUGCAUUAUUGUUGGCUAAAUGUCUGUGAUAAAAUCUUUAUAACCUAUAGUAACUGACAGAAACAAUAGUGUUUUAAUUUGACUUUUUUUAAACACUGUUUUGAUU